AUGGUUAUUAGAAAAAAUGGUUACGGAUUUAUUUCUUCAACUGGUUAUCCAAAAGAUGGCUAUGAGCGUGUGAAAUGCGCAGUUAAUUUAGAAGCACAAGAAGGAAGUGGAUUAGUUAUUAAUAUAAAAUUUUUGGAUUUGGAUUUAGAACCUAGAUAUUCUCGUUCGGAUCAGUGUUUACGUGAUUAUUUUAUUUUGACAUUUAUUGAUAGAGAAGGAUUAGAACAUACAAGUGAAAGAAUUUGUGGAAAUAAAAAACCAAAGUCUAUACAAAGUAUGCAGGCAAAAUUAAGAGUUUUAUUUAUUGCAACAUCCCCACCUUUACAACAUUAUUUACCAAAUACAAAUACUUCAAAACGUUGGAAAGGAUUUAAAUUACGUUUUGAUUUUGUAAAAGAAGAGAAAAUUUCUGUAAUAAACAGUCAAUAUGAAGAACCAAAUAAAAGAUAUCGUUCAGAUUGUGGAGGUGCAAAUUUACCAAAUUCUUUAAGUGGAAUUAUUCAAUCACCUGGAUUCCCGUCUACAUAUCCUCAAAAUGUUAAUUGCUUUUGGCUUAUUCGAGUUGAUCCAAAUAAAAGAAUUUAUAUUAGAAUAAUGGAUUUGGAAUUAUCACCGACAUUGGGUAAACAUUAG